AACCAACUCUCUCUUCUACAAUCAAUUACACAUACCACCAACCCAUACACCAUACACAUACAUAUAUACCUCAAAUAACCUCCCACCUAUAUACAUAGAUGUCCACCCCCGCCCCCUCCACAACAACAACAACAACACCAACAAUGUCCAUCCCAACCACCAUAACCCAAAUCCUCAAAGCCGGACCCAUCCACUUCGGUCCCUUCACCGUCACAACCCAAGUCUUCCACCUAACCCCCUACAGCUACGCCCUCGUAAACCUAAAACCCAUUCUCCCAGGGCACGUCCUCAUCUCGCCCCGACGGGUCGUUCCUCGCGUGACAGACCUCACCCCGACCGAGACCUCAGAUCUAUUCCUGACCGUGCGGCGCGUAGCGCGCAUGAUCGAGCGUGUAUAUGGAGCGUCGAGUCUGAAUAUUGCUAUCCAGGAUGGUGCGGAUGCGGGCCAGAGCGUGCCGCAUGUUCAUGCGCAUGUGAUACCCAGGAAGAGGGGGGAUUUGGAUAGUAAGGGUGGGAUGGAUGCGGUUUAUGAGAUGUUGGAUGGGGAGGAGGGCGAUUUGAGAGAUGUCUUUCAUAGAGAUGGUGAGAAGGGGGGUAAAGGGGGGAGGACGAGGUUUCCGAGGGUGGAUAAUGAGGAGAGG